UAUUUCUUUGUCUUUUAACAUGCUAGACUUGUUAACACGGUAGAUUUCUUAACUUGCAUGCAACUUACCAGAUUACAUCGCCGAGAAAAAGCGUUGUUUUGCCAGCUCUCUCUAUUGCUAGUCUUGCAUGGCGAACAAUUCCAUACAGUCAGUGGCGGUUAUUGCAGAGAUGUACAUUGUCAGCAAUUUUCCUUGCGGGCGCGUAUUUUGUCAGUGAUAAGCAAUGCGUGCUCGUAUCUUUCUCCAAAAACAAAAUGGCGGAUGGCUAGAGGAAACGGCCUUCGAGUGGAUAUUUUAAACAACUUUCCCUCUUCACAAGCGAUUUUUUGGAGCCAUCGAAGAGAGAGAAAAAAACGGCAAAUCGGGGAACCUUUUAUAAAGUGGAAAGAGUCAUUUCGAGGCGAACUGCGGAUGGCAAGAUACAAUACCUUAUCAAGUGGGAUGGGUAUAGCUAUUUCAGCUGUACUUGGGAGGAAGAGGAUAACCUUACAAGCAAUCUUGUGCGGUAAGUAAAUAAAUGAAUCGAUCAAACGAAUGAACGCAUUGCACAUGUACGUUUAUUUAAUAAUCCAUCAUGCUAAAACCAGCGAGCAGACAAUCACUAAAUGGAGACUAUAAAAUUGAAUUGUAUAAAGUUUAGAAUUGAAUACAAUACUGACAUGGCUAAAAUGCUGAAAUUAGUAAAAGAGCUAAAGUUGACCAGUAAACAUGCUAUAAUAUUUUAAUACAGACAUCUAUUUACAUACAGUAUAAUUAUUAUACAUGUGUGUGUUUAAGUAGAUAUAGAUACAAUUUCACAUUUUUAUGAUUAUGGAUGUUUCCUUGCAUGCCAGCAUCAGAGGAAGGUUUGUGUUCACAAUUUACACACCCACUGGUGACCGUACAAACCGAGGCAU